UUAUUUUUUUUCAGUUGGGAUUAAAACCAACGGUGUAACUUCAAUAAUAUUUCCUGUCAUCGCCGCUUUCGUCCCGAUUAACAAUUUAUUCUGAUUCUUGCUUACGCCGGUUGUCGGUCGCGCGGUUCGACGCAUAAUCAAUCCUAUGUUGAUCAAUUAUGCAUGCAACACAUUUCCGUAAUAUCGUUUGAGCGUUAUAUCUCAUUACUAUUAUUAUUAUUACUACUCUAAAGACACUCGAUGUAGCGCACGUCGAGAGAGUAGAUUAGUUGAACAAUGUCAYAUUGUCAUUACACGACCAGUUUUCGUUUACGCAAUAAGGUGCCUAAAAAGUAAUAAUUAUAACGAACCGCCGUCGUCGACCUCGCACAGUUACACAGGUUUUUCGUUUCGAGUUCCACCACAACUCUUCAUUAUAGUUCUCAGAAACCAAAUCGGAUGAUACUCAUUAUUAAAGAUACCGCUCGACGUGCCAAACCUUCGGUAUUCGAGAUUCACUUAAAUAAUGUUAAUAACUAUACCUGGCUACCUAUCGUUUUUAUUAUUUUGCCGGCCGUAACUAUUCAAUGAAAUAAUAAUUUUUUCAAUAUUGUAAUAUUCAAUUAUCAAUCCUUCGAAUCCAACUUCACGCUAUAAUUGAUCAAUUAAUAUUAGCUCCUGAUUAUGUUACGACCUUAGACCUCAUAACAAUGCUACUGAUAAACGACUAUAAGUUUGAAAUAACCAGCACUGUCGCGAUCAUGUUUAUUAUCAUCAUGUACACUUCUAGUCAUGCUUUUCGUUAUUACGCCAAAUAUACCAUAUUUACAGUAUUGUCAUAUAUCUCUGCAACUGUAUUCAUACCAUUAAUGUUAUGGAAACCAAGGGACUACAGGAAUGGAUUAUUACCAGCAUGGGGUGAACGCCAAGUAUCAAAAAUAUUAGGGAUAACAUGGGAAAUGAAGGGUAAAGAAAAUAUUGUUCAAAAUUCAGGUUGUGUUGUUUUGAUCAAUCAUCAAAGCUGUUUGGAUUUAUUAGUAUUGUCUGAAAUAUAUCCGGUAAUGGAAAAAUGCACCGUUAUCUCCAAGAAAGAAAUAUUUUACUUUUGGCCUUUUGGUCUAGCGUCGUGGUUAUGGGGAACAAUAUUCAUUGACCGUCUAAAUGCAGAAAGUGCUCAGAGGACCCUUAAUAAAACUGGAGAAGCUAUUCGUCAAAAACAAGCAAAGCUUUGUAUGUUUCCUGAAGGCACAAGGCACGGUGGACCAGAACUUUUAAAUUUUAAAAAGGGUGCAUUCCAUGUUGCUAUUUCAGCUCAAUGUCCAAUACAGCCAGUAGUUGUGACACAAUAUUUCUUUUUGGAUCACGGAAAACGUACAUUUGAUCCUGGUCAUGCAGUCAUAACAAUAUUGCCUCCAAUACCCACUGAAGGUAUGACCAAAGAUGACUUAACUGGUCUUAUUGAGAAGUCUAGAACUUCAAUGCAAGAAGUAUACACAAAAUCUUCAGCAGAAUUGAAAACAAAAUAUUAUAAUGACAGCUAAAACUAUAUUGAUUUUGCUUCAUGUGAAUAUUUUACUUUCAAUAUUUUAGUGUGUUUAAACGUGAUAAAGUAUUUUUGUAACUAUAAAUAAACAUCAAGCUUAUAGUUAUUCAGUACUAAUAAUGUGUGCUUUACAGUAUUUUUAUUUUUUGACAAAAUAUUUUUUAUUUUUUUGUUAAGACAUACAAUAUCGUAAUUCAUGAACUUUAAAAUAUUUAUGGUCUUUUCAUUUUUAAAUAGCAUUUGUCACGCUUUGAAAUAAAAAUAUUCAAAUGUGUUACUCUAUUUUUGAAAUUAUAAAAAAAUGUUAUUUUUUACUAAGAAAAAUAAUAUACUGAAUUAAACGAGCAUAAGUUGUUUGCAAGAUUAAAGAACCUACUUAUAUAUUUUCACCAAAAAUUACUAU